AUCUAGGACUCCAUGGAGGGGGAGUGUUGUUAAGUUGGUGGCUGGCUCUCUCUCUGACACACACACACACGCAGAAGAUGGAGAUGGUAGAAAAGGUGGCUCUUCCUCUGCUCCUCCCAAACCCACCCCCACCCUCACCCUCACCCUCACCCUCACCCUCUUCCUCUUCUAAACCCAAUUCUGUGGGAAUGACCAGUAUUCCUCCAAUCCCCCCAAUAAACACUCUUAUCCAUGACCUGAAUUCGAAUUCCAGUUCCCGACACCGCAUCAGUCUGGGCAAGUCCUUGGACCCCAACCGCGGCAAGCCCUGGUCUCCUCACCGCCUUUCUCCCACAGGUCAGCAAAUUCUCCACACCUUAUCUCAUUCCAACUCUCUUCACUUAGACUUAGAGCUAGACCUAGACCAUGUUCUUCGUCCCCUUUUGCUUUCGGACCAUCCCCAUCCUGCUUCCGAUAUUUUGGGCAUAAUCAAGGCCUUAGGCUUUAGCAACAAAUGCGACCUUGCCUUGGCCGUCUUCCACUGGGUUCGAACCAACAACUCCAACACCAACCUUUUCAGCUCUUCUGCAAUCCCCGUCAUCAUCAAAAUUCUCGGCAAAGCUGGUCGGGUCUCAUCCGCCGCCUCUUUGCUCCUCGCCCUCCAAAACGACGGCGUUCAUAUUGACGUCUAUGCCUACACUUGUCUGAUAAAUGCCUAUUCCAGUAGCGGCCGGUACAGGGACGCCGUCAACCUCUUCAACAAGAUGCAGCAAGACGGCUGUAAUCCCACCUUAAUCACUUACAACGUCGUUUUGAAUGUUUACGGCAAAAUGGGCAUGCCUUGGUCCAACGUUACGGCUCUCGUUGAAGCCAUGAGGUCGCGUGGGGUCGCCCCCGAUUUGUAUACUUACAAUACUCUCAUAAGUUGCUGUCGCCGCGGUUCUCUCUAUGAAGAAGCUGUUCACUUGUUUCAGCAGAUGAAGCUGGAGGGAUUCACACCUGACAAGGUUACCUAUAAUGCCUUGUUGGAUGUUUUUGGUAAGUCCAGACGCCCCCAGGAGGCUAUGAAGGUCCUCCAAGAGAUGGAAGCCAAUGGCUUCUCUCCCACCAGUGUUACUUAUAAUUCCCUGAUAUCUGCUUAUGCUAAAGGUGGUUUGCUGGAGGAGGCUUUGGACCUUAAAACCCAAAUGGUCCACAAAGGGAUUAAGCCUGACGUCUUUACCUACACCACCCUUUUGUCCGGAUUCGAGAAGGCCGGUAAAGAUGACUUUGCCAUCCAAGUUUUUCUGGAAAUGAGAGCUGUGGGAUGCAAGCCCAAUAUUUGCACCUUCAAUGCCCUUAUUAAGAUGCAUGGCAACCGAGGAAAGUUUGCCGAGAUGAUGAAAGUUUUUGAUGAUAUCAAGCUCUGCAAUUGCUCCCCUGAUAUUGUUACUUGGAAUACCCUUUUGGCUGUCUUUGGACAGAAUGGAAUGGACUCUCAGGUCUCUGGAAUAUUUAAGGAAAUGAAGAGAGCAGGCUUUGUGCCCGAGAGGGACACCUUCAACACUCUAAUUAGUGCCUACAGCAGGUGUGGUUCCUUUGACCAGGCUAUGGCUGUUUACAAGAGCAUGCUUGAAGCCGGUGUCGUACCAGAUCUUUCCACGUACAAUGCUGUUUUAGCAGCUUUGGCUCGAGGAGGUCUUUGGGAACAAUCUGAGAAAGUCCUUGCUGAAAUGGAGGACGGUCGCUGUAAACCUAAUGAGCUGUCAUAUUCCUCUUUGCUUCAUGCUUAUGCCAAUGGUAAGGAGAUUGAAAGGAUGAAUGCUUUUGCCGAGGAGAUUUACUCUGGCUCCGUUGAAACUCAUGCUGUUCUUUUGAAGACUCUUGUUCUAGUGAACAGCAAGAGUGAUCUCCUAAUAGAAACAGAACGUGCCUUUUUGGAGUUAAGGAGAAGAGGAAUUUCGCCCGACAUAACUACUCUGAAUGCAAUGCUUUCGAUAUAUGGGAGGAAGCAGAUGGUGGCCAAAGCCCACGAGAUUUUGAACUUCAUGCACGAGACGCGAUUUACUCCGAGUUUGACUACAUAUAAUAGCUUGAUGUAUAUGUACAGCCGUUCUGAAAACUUCCAAAAAUCAGAAGAAAUCUUGAGGGAAGUUCUGGAGAAAGGUAUGAAACCUGAUAGAAUUUCAUACAAUACUGUUAUUUAUGCAUAUUGCAGAAAUGGUAGGAUGAAGGAAGCUUCUCGGAUAUUUUCUGAAAUGAAAGAUUCUGCACUUGUUCCUGAUGUUGUAACUUACAACACAUUUAUUGCAACUUAUGCUGCUGACUCGAUGUUUGCUGAGGCUAUUGACGUAGUUCGAUACAUGAUCAAGCAAGGAUGUAAGCCAGACCAGAAUACUUAUAACUCCAUUGUUGAUUGGUAUUGUAAGCUCGACCAGCGGCAUGAGGCCAACAGUUUUGUUAAAAACCUUAGUAAUCUUGACCCACAUGUUUCUAAAGAGGAGGAAAGUAGGUUGCUAGAGAGAAUAGCAAAAAUGUGGUCAUAAGUUGUUUCAUGACACUCUUCUUCCUCCUUGGUUGCCCCGUUAUAUGAUAUUUUGGGUAUGGAGAUUGGCAUUCACCGUAUGUAGUUAUAAAUGGUGGUGUUCCUUUAAUGGUGGUGUUCCUUUAAUGGGGUUUAUCUGCAGAAAAAGGCAGCAGUAAAUGUCUCCGCAUGGAUGCUUGCAGGUGCGGCUGUACAGAGAGAUGGGGAAAAUGAAGAAUAGUAACUAGUAAGAGGAGUGGGGUUGGUUUAGAAUGUCGGUACCAUGUAGAAUAAACUAUAUAGCAGCGUCAUCAAGAAAAAAAACAUGUGUAGUGUAGGGAAGGUUUUUACUUUUAGUAUAAAUUCACUUUGUAACACUAUUUCGUCUUUGAUUUUUAAUGUAGUGCGUCGUCGGUAGCAAAAAAAUGACUUGAAUGUUUUUGUUUUGAGAGCUCUAUCUGAGUCGCGGAUUAUUCCUGCA